AUGCCAUUAACACCACCCUUCAAAGGAGCAGGGAAACUACGCAACCGAUUACUUACUUUGGGCGUGGUGCUUUAUCUGGUGCUCAUGUAUGCUGUAUUGCAUUCGAUGGGUCAUGAUAAAAGUGCUUCGCCUUUGGACGACGUGUCUUUUUCAGACGUACACGCUGACAGCAACACCAUCACCCAUACUCAACCUACAGCAGAAACAAUAAAUAAUGACGAUGAAUCUCAUUACGAUGACACAAUCAACACGCCUAUAGUAACGACAACGGCAGCUGUUGCUGAGCAAACCCCUGCCACUCAUAACGACGACGACGACGAUAAUGAUCAUGAUAAUGAAAGCAGCAAAACGUGUGACACUCAAGUCAACCGUAACGUGGAUCCAAACCAUACAAGAGCACAUCUCAACUUUUGGCAAAGCCUCGAUAGCGCAAGUAUCGAACAAUAUCGUAACGCAUGGAAGCAAUUUAUGGCUACCGACAAUGAAGCCAACACCGACUCUGACGAAUACCACUUUCAUGGACGUGGUAUUGUGCUUGUGGCAGGGAAUCGUGACACCUUUGACCGAGCCCUGACAGCAAUCAAGUUACUGCGAUUCCAUUUAUCAUGCAACUUGCCGGUGGAGAUAUGGCAUUUACCUGAUGAACAUCCAUCCAAUGAAAUAAAGAAACAACUUGAGGAGUAUGGUGCCACACCUCGCGAUUUGGCUGACAGCACAUUACCAAGGCCAAUGGGUGAGCGUACCAAUGCCGAGAAACAAUUUCAAAUCAAGGCAGCUGCCAUCAUCAAUUCACGUUUCCAAGAAGUCUUGUAUAUGGAUUCGGAUAACUCGCCCACUAUCAACCCUGCUUUUCUUUUUGACACCAAGGGCUAUAAGAAUACGGGUGCAUUGUUUUGGCCUGAUUUCUGGAAAACGCAUACAGACAAUAGCAUCUUUGAUAUUCUACAAGUGUCUUGUAAGGAUGAAUGGGAGCAAGAGUCUGGACAAAUGGUUAUUGACAAGAAGCGUGCAUGGCGCCCAUUGCAGCUGGCCUGGUACAUGCAAAAGAAUCACGACUUGUAUUUCCAAUUCCUGAAUGGCGACAAGGAUACAUUUAAAUUUGCAUGGAAGGCAUUGCAUGCACCGUAUCACAUGGUACAAGUAUUUCUAGGCAUGGGAGGCUCGACAGUGGAAGGACGUUUUUGUGGACACACCAUGUUGCAGUAUACGGAUGACAUUUAUUCCGAAGACAAGCCCAUCUUUGUGCAUGCCAAUUUGAUGAAGAUUACAGACAAGAACCAUUUCAUGCAAGGCGAUCCACCAUCAGAGAGGCCAUGGCAAGAAAUUAAGCGAUACACCAAUAGCCGUGGCAACACAUGGCUGAGUCCGGUCUUUUAUAUUGCACCAGGUGGUAGAGCAUGCAUGGAUUUCACUCAGUUUCAAAAUGAGCCAGAGAUCAGUUUGACCAACUUUGACGAUAUCUUGGCUGGUUUCCAAGACAAGUACUUUGAAUUAGGAGGGAUUGGUGGCGAGACCCGAGGAUAA